CCGCAUCUUGUCAGGCCGUUCAAGGUCGUUGAAGAGGACGACGGGCGGCUUUGAAAAGACCUGACUUUUCUACCGUGCCAGAUUUAAAUGAGUCACUCCUCGGGAGUAGUGUUACAGUACCCAGCUUAAGAUUGGUGAAGUCCCAUUUUACCUAGCAAAUCUUAUCCGGAUAAUAAUCAAGCUAUCUUACUGUCUAAAAUAAAGUUCUGUGAACCAUUUAGACCUAUUUGAGCAAAAUCAAAUGGUUUCUUUAUAUUCUUUACAUGAAAGUCAGAUCUCUCUUUCUGAAAUAAAAUAAAGUAAAGUAGUCUAGCUUGUCAUGCACAGGGUAGCUCGAAAAGCUAGACCUCUACUCCGUUCUGUCACAUUAAGAGGUAAUCUGAUGUUGAUGUACAGAACACUAAGAAGUGGUUUUUGACAUGCUAUAUCUUUUUUUCUACGAGAUUAGGACAACUUAGAGUGUAAUAGCCAAGAACAAACAAGAUAACUGUAGAAUAGAGGUUUGCACAAUAAGUCAUCGAUUCUUGGAACCUGUUACACGAAGAAGUGGUGUCCACCCCUUCAAUUGACUCAUUUAAGAAAAGACUAGUCACUUAAAAGCCUACUAAAAAAAGAUACACAGACCAUAUGCGUUCUGUUCUAGCAGCAAAAAUCUGGAGCUAAACCAGUGAAGCUAUGAUGUGCCUAAAAAUAUAAUUUUUUUUUUUGAACUAACACUGAGCUUCAUUUCGUUUAGGUAACUGAAUACUAUGACCCCAAGUGUUUACAUUGGUCUACAGUAAAUGUUUCAUGAACUAAAUUUAAUUCUUCCCACGUCCAGAAAGCACUCAUACACAUGCGCUUAAAAUUAUCCCUGCUUAGAAAACAGUAUGUUUCAAUUUUUGGAGAAUACAUAUGCCAGUUCAGCUGAGUUUAAAAUGCUGACGCCUAAGCACUAGUCAAUCCGUCGUCGAUAGUUCGAAGUAGAUGUAAAAAACAGGUUGUAAAGUUGUCAUUUCAUUCUGAAAAGCUCUCUUGGCAUGCACAUCCUUCGUUUAAUAAACAGGAAAACAUCCACGAUACUACGCCUUUUUCUUCCAGAAAAUGUUGUAUAGUUGUAUAUACACUGUACUCUAGUUUCGUGUUACCAUAAAUUACACCCCUCACUUCUAAAUAAAACCGUCCGGCAAGUAAAGAACAUUUGGUGGGCGUUCAUUUGUUUUAUAAUACAUAUUGUCAAUACAAAACUGAUUAACCACCAGGAAGGAUUUGGGUAUGAAAAUUCAAACUAUCUGUAUUGAUAGAUUGUCGCAGAUACUUGAGUUUUUUAUUAAGUAUCGAGGUCCAGUGUGAAAUUAUCAAAACCAGAUUAUUAAACACGAUGCAUGUCUCCGGACAGUUGUUCAGAAGUUUCGAUGACCUUUGAUCCUUAUAUUCAACAAAAAUUCGUUAGUAUCCUCAGUAUUUAACCCUCUGAAUAUCUUAUGAAUGUCUACUAGCAAAUCUAAUACCAUUUAUGUCUAGUAGAGGAUCUUAGGUUAACUAUCAUUAAUAAUCCUGUUCACAUUUCUAUCAGCUUUUCUAAUGACAUCCAAAUUUUUAGUCAGAAAUCGGGUCUUACAUGACAUGGUUCGUCUUCUGGAAAAUAUUAUCUUCAUCACAGAACAUGAAAGUACAGCAAAAAAUGUGGUCACUGUUUUCGAACAGUUUAAAAAUUCCAGUAUUAUUAUACAGCUGGAUCCUGCCAAACUCAUGGAGGAACAGUUUAUUGCAGGAUUUUGUCGACGAGGAGCUGUUACAGUUCUGCCCAUAAAACCAUUACCAGAGUUUAAUCUUUCUAUUCGAAAAUCUAUUUUAACCCUGGACAUGUCUCCAGUUGUGUACUCUGGUUUCGGAUUAUCCGCUAAAAAAGUUAAACAAGAAAAAAUACAAUUUUUCUAUCGAUUUCAAGUUGAUUUAAAAAGUUCACGAUUUCAGCGAAAUGGACCAUUACAUACGCGCCUUCGAUCAUUUUUCAAGGCUUUCACUAACCCCCUAGAAUUGGGCACUCGUAUCCCUCAACGCCUUGGAAAUCUUGGUCCUUUCUUUGUAGAUUGGUUACCAGAUUCUUCAGUCAUACAAAUAAAUGAAUCCCCUAAAAGUGAAUCCAUUGCCUCAUAUCUAAAUGACAAUAAACAUAUUGUGAUCCAACCGCAAUGUGAGGUCUUUAACUACACUGGAUCACCUAUACUAAUACCGGAACUAAUUUCAUGGGACAAACUGCCUUUAAAACAAGAAGAGAAAUCGAGCACAUGCACAGAAACAGACGAAACGUCAGAUUUUUUAAAUAUUGUAAAUAUUCGCUUAGGAUUAACAGUUUUAUCUCAUUUAGCGGCUGGAAUUUCAUUUCCUGACUCAGCCGUUUCAAAUUGUGUUCCAAGUUAUAAUCCAUGCAUAACCAAUGCAAGUCUGUCACCAAUUUAUGCACAAACUGUGGAUGAAAUUAUAUUACCUGUCUAUAAGCUGGAAAAAUUAAAGAUUAUAUAUCUAUCAGGUCUAUUUCUGGAUUGUUGUUACGAUGAACUGGAGGAUAAAAUAAAAUCAAUGUUGGUAGAAAGUCAAUGUGGGAAUGAAUUAGUUUACAUGUGCAGAUGUCCACUAAAAGUUACCACUGAUUCAGUCCAAUCAUUGAAACAGUCGGUUGAUCACUUAGGAACUCUAUUUUUAACUGGUAGAAAAAGUAUUUCAGAUUCACAAGGACCACCACUUAUUAAAAUUAGAUUUUAACAUUUUAUUUUUCCAUUCGCAUGUACAUUUUUAACGUUAUUGGUAAUAUACAUUAUAAAUUAU